CGUUCUUCAUCGAUUGCAAAUUAUGUCGCAGAGUUAAAGACACGGGGACUUCUCCGCUCAUCGUAUCCGUCAAAUCUUGACACUGAAUUCGCAACUGAAUUAAAUUCCCUACCUCCAGUAGUAUACGCCGGGUUCGACCCUUCAUCAGAAAGUCUUCACAUUGGAAAUUUACUAGUUUUUUUAAAUUUGCUGAGAAGUCGGCAAUUCGGUGUACGUCCUAUUGCAAUCGUUGGUGGCGCUACGGCUGCAGUUGGUGAUCCAAGUGGAAGGUCUACCGAAAGAAAAACGGAAGCGAGAGAUGUUUUGCUGCGUAAUACACAGCUUAUAACGGCUCAACUGAAAAGUAUUGCUGGAAAUGUGUUGGAUGAUGACCUCAUUAUGUCAGUGGUUGACUAUUUGAGAAACUGUAAGCAGUUACGCAUAGGAGAAAUGCUUCGAGUGGGUGCUGUGAAAUCACGAUUAGCCGAUGAGCGUGGUGGAAUAUCGUUUACUGAAUUCAGUUACCAAACCAUGCAAGUAUUGGACUGGACGAUGUUGUUAAAGAAGUACAACUGCAGGUUUCAGAUCGGCGGGUCUGAUCAGCUAGGCCAUUUGGAUAUUGGAGCGCACUAUAUAAAAAGGACUUGUGGAGGGAUAUUUGCAGCAGGUGUCUGUAUGCCACUGGUAACAGAUAGAGCCGGGAAUAAAUUAGGCAAGUCAAUUGGUGAAGGACAAGUUUGGCUUAAUGCUGAUUUGACGUCGCCAUUUCACUUCUACCAAUUCCUUCGACAGCUACAUGAUGAUGAAGCUGAAUUGAUGUUUAAAUACUAUAGCUUGAAUCAAUGGGAAUAUGUUUUGGCGAAGAUUGAAGAACAUCGUUCAAAUUUGGGAAAAUGGAUCGUACAAGAUGCUUUAGCCAAGGAAUUAACAAAAAUAGUACACGGAGAAAAGGGCUUAAAUAUUGCUGAGCGGUGUUCUCGUGCCCUUUUUCAAGGUUCUAUAUCAGAUGUUAAAUCCUUCAGUCGAACCGAGCUUCUUGAUCUUUUCGGUAACACCAUAAAAGUCGUCCGCGAUGAUGUGAAAACCAUGGGCGAUCUAGCAGAUCGCACGAGAAGUGACAAUAUCAAAGGUUCUGCACUAAUGGUUCAGGGAGCCUUCAAGGUUAAUGGAGAGAAGACCCUCAACAGCGAGGAACCAUUGGUCGUAGAGAGUAUUUGCUUACCAGAAGCGUCGGACCUCACACUGAUAUGUUGGGGUAAACGGAAAUUCCAUUUAGUGCAAAAUAAGAUGGCAGAUCAUAAAAUUCUGCCUGUAUUUGCUUUUGUUGAUGAUGGAGAACAACUUCAACAACUUCGAGAGUACCUAAACUCUGUUGGUAAAGCUAAAUUGGAUCUACAAGGUAAGAUGUCAGAAAAUCUGAAUCACUGUGGUAAUGAUCUAGUCUCAGGGCCUUCGGAUGUAUCUGAUAAUUUAAUGGAUAUUUGUGCCCAACUUCCGGUAGAUUAUAUUCUGAACUCUGUUUGCUCGCUCAUGGUAAUGGUUCCUGCUGAACGUGCUUUCGAGGUUGUAAAGGCCUUCUGUGAUGCAAUUACUCCUGCUCAUUUUAAAGGAAACGGAUGGAAUAGCAACGCGGGUUAUGCCGUUCAUGUUCUAUCUAACUUGUUUCGUGGAUUUACUGCUCAUCCAAAGAUUCAAGAAAUGUUAUAUCGCUCGCUGGUUGCGAUGUGCUCUGAGGCGCACAUGAUUGGUGAAUUGGACUGUUCAACGGAAACAUUGCAAAAACAAUUCAAACAGUGGGGGACAGCAGUAGAUGGGCAGCGUGACAUCCUUCGCCUCGUCCAUGUUGGUUUGCUUGAAGAUCAGAAGGCAGACCAAGCUGCAAAGGUUAUGAUCAUGUUGCUGGGAACGUAUACUGAAGAGGAUGCGGCGUUAGCUCGUGAGGAUGCCAUCGAAUGUGUCCGAACGGCUGUUGUUGAUGCAAAGUCGUUUUCAUUUGACCACCUGCAACGCCUUUGUGCUGUGAAAGCAUUACAAAAGUCCGAUCCCCUUAUGUAUUCGGCAUUGGAGUUAUUUAUCUCUGGGACGUUGAAGGACUACCUCUCAUUUGUCAAAGCUCAUCCAGAGUUUGUGGGUGAGAAGCUCAAAGUGGACGAAGCAGUUUUGUUGAAGAAAAUUCGCCUUCUUACGUUAAUGAGCAUUGCUGAAAACAACAACGUUAUCCUUCUUGAUAAACUUGCUGAGGAAUUAGAUCUUCCAUCAGAUGAUCAGCUAGAGGAUUUUCUUAUUGAUGCCAUUCAAGUGAACGCUAUUUCAGGGAAACUUAACGAGAUGACGCGGACAUUAGUUGUUAGUUCGUUCCAACAUCGACGCUUUGGACGCGAACAAUGGCAAACGUUACAGAAACGGCUCCAAACACUUGUGAGCAAUCUGAAGCAGUCUUACGCAAAUAUUCACAGCAUAAAUCAACACAUUGAUAGCCUUGCCUAA